AUGACCGGCACUCUGUCUCAGAUGGUGGCGCAAGUCGCCAACGCAGUGCCCCUGCCCCUGGGCAUCGAGGUGUUCGCCAGCGUCUUCCACGCGGCCACGGGCGAGGCGCCGCUGGCGCUGGGCGACCCGCAGCAUGGCUGGCAGGACGACCCGGAGCGCCGUGCGAGGGGGGCCGACGAGAACGCCGCCGGCGCGGUAGCGGACGCGCCGGCGGCGUCACGCGGCAGCCCAAUGGACGCGACUGCUCCAGCAGUGGUGUUCUACGAAGGCGAGUCUGACGGCACGCCGCGUGCGAUCAGGGAGGGCAUCCUGACGCCAGCCGUUGAGAGCUGGAUCGAGUUCGGCCUUUCGUCCGUCACAGAGGUUGAGAAGAAGGCCGGUGGCCUGGGACUGAAGAGCGUGACGUCCGUGAUGGAGGAGGUUGAAGAGAAGCUGCUUGAGAUGGGGGAGAGCCCGGACCUCUCGGGCGUGAGGACGAGGAUCGAAGCCAUGCUGGACAGCAGGCGCGGCCUCAAGAGGUCAAUCAAAAGGACGGCCGAGAACGCUUGA